GGCACCCAAUAAGGAGCGAGCGUCGCUGUGCGGCGGGCCAAUCAUGAGCCGCGGGAGGAAAAGGAGGCGGAGUCGCCGCCGCCGCUGCUGCUGCUGCUGAGAGGAAAAGGCUCUGAGGGGGAACAGAACAGAGGCCGAGUCGCCUUGAGGCAGGCCGGCUGGGCAAAGCGGACGGUCACAGGCUAGGCUAGCUGCGCUGGCGCCGGGAGACCCGCCCGAGAUGCCGGUGCGGAGCGCGUGCCGCUGCCCGCCGGCGGCCCCCGAAGGAGCCGCCUCCUCAGCCGCCCGCCUGGAGCCGCCGCCUCCCAUCAACACGGCGCAGCCCGGCGUCAGCACCAGCCGCCUCUACAGCGGCGCCAAGUUCCGCGGGCAGCAGCGCUCCAAGGGCAACGCCUACGAAGUGGAAGUGGUCGUCCAGCACGUGGACAUGGAGAACUCCUACCUCUGUGGAUACUUGAAGAUUAAAGGCCUUACAGAGGAAUAUCCAACCCUUACAACUUUUUUUGAAGGAGAAAUAAUCAGUAAAAAGCACCCAUUUUUAACACGGAAGUGGGACGCGGACGAAGAUGUGGAUCGUAAACAUUGGGGGAAGUUCCCAGCCUUUUACCAAUAUGCAAAAACAUUUAACUCGGAUGACUUUGAUUAUGAGGAUCUGAAGAGUGAUGACUUUGUCUUUAUGAGGUGGAAGGAACAGUUCCUGGUCCCUGAUCACACCAUCAAAGACAUCAGCGGUGCUUCCUUUGCUGGUUUUUAUUACAUAUGCUUCCAGAAAUCUGCAGCAUCUAUAGAGGGCUAUUACUAUCACAGGAGUUCAGAAUGGUAUCAGUCCCUGAAUUUGACUCACGUCCCAGAGUACAGCGCACCGAUUUAUGAAUUCCGGUGACAGCGAUACCAAGAAUGGCACCAAGAGAUGGCCAGUGGGGCCACGGGGGAGAGAGAGAGAGAGAGAGAGAGAGAGAGCAUGCUCUGUUAAGACAACUGUGAUGUCCCUGUCAGGACAGGAGACUCCAGGCUCUCCUCCUGCCGGGCAACCGGACUGGUGUGAGAGCAUGAAUGUGAAGCUGUGGGACUGCCGGAGCCUGAGCCUCCCUCCAGCUGCGUGGCAAACUUGAUACUUUAACCUGGUUUUAAAGCUACCGUUCAAUGCACUUUUUUAUUGCACAGUCUCUUUACCACUGAACAUCCUCCUGCCCCUUUUGGAGGAGGAAAUGGCUGCACCUAGCUGGAUUCCCCUCAAGUAGAGGAAAACAUAAGCUGCUGUCUGCUUAUGUCUCUCCACACUUUGCUGUAGUUAUGGGUUAUAUUUAAGAGCAAGUCAUCCAGAGAUGCUCUUCCCUUUCAAGCCUCAGCAUUGCAUGAGGCUUUUGUGUGCAUUGCACACAACUGCAGCAUCCACUAAGGAAACAGUAGGCCAAAAGGAGGAGGGCCCAGCAAAUCAUCCGUUCCUGUUGGCUAGCGAAGCUGCGUCUCUCAAGAAUGUUAGCCAACCACAGAGGUGUAAGCCAUUGUCUUGAUGGCACCAAAGGGGAAUAGCUUAACAGUCCGUAGUAGCGGCAAACAUAAUUAUGCUUAUGCAGAGUCUCGGAUCUUAAAGGAAAAACUUUAAGGACUUCGUUUAAAAAACAGAGAGAGACAGAGAGCUAUUUUUAUGGCCAUUACCCCACCUCUACCCCAAGGACUUGAGGGUAUACGCAAAUUGUUCCUUGUUACAUUUUAUGGCUGCUUUUUCCCUGGUGAAAGCAGUGAAAGUCAGUGUUGGCUGAUGGUGGUGAUCUCUGUGCAACAGUCUAGCAGUGUUGACACCCACUCAUCCCAGCGUAAUCGCUUAGUGGUGGUGUGAAAAUUCCACUCCAGGCACAUGCUUCUAUUCCUCAUGCUACAGAAAACAUUUGGUGUUUGCUAUGAUUUUUAUCAGGGAAAAAAACCCUCCAUAAAAAUAAACUGCUCUCCAAGGACUUUAAAAUGUUCAGAAACAUAUGGCUUGUGUGCCAAAUUUUGUGUGGGACUCGUGUGUAUGUGGGGGUCUAAUGCACGUGUGUGUGAUAGUCUAAAAGUUGCUGUCCUAUUUAACAUGACACUCUUCCACAGAGGGCUUUUUCAGAACCUGAUCGAUUGUACCUUUGGCUGGCACUUGGUUAUGUAAGCCAAGAAUGCUGUACAACUUGUGAGCCAGGGGCCUUGAAAAUCCAUGCCUCUUGCAGAAAAAUGUCCAGCCCUUUGCAUUUUUUUCUGUAUACCUUUUUCUGUAUACCUGUAGGAUUUACAGGACAGCUUAAAGCAGGUCUCUGGCAAGGGAGGCUGCCCAGAAGGUAUUGGUAUUUCCCCUGGGAGUCUGGCUAAAGGUAAGGCUUUAUUAUGGCUGCCCCAUUUAGGAUCCACUCUUGUAUUGUGACAUUAUUGUCAUUCAUAGUGGUUUUGACUUUGAAAAUAGUCAUGGCAGUUGGGCUGAGGGAGAAUUUCUCCCCUUUCUACAUCCAGGGCUCUGUGUGCACUGCAAUAACAAGGGAGCACAGGAGAAAGUGCAGAGAGGUAGUUGUAUUAAGGUUCUGGUGUGUGUGUGAAGGUGAGACUCCAGGGCCCUAUGUGUAGUUCUUCAUUUUCCCCCCAACCAACGAAGCCAGAAUAAAUUCUGCAAAUAGAAAGAGAAAAUUGUGUGCACGCUUGCUUAGUUGACCUCCGCUUUGCAGACUGCAGAACCUUGCCCUUCUCGGUGCAGGACUUGGAUUGCCAGGAUGCAGAGUUCUAAUAUUUUUCUGAGCAGCAUACACAUAGACCUGCUGGUAGCAGACCAUUUUAAAGAAUAUUCUUUGCAUGCAAUGUCAGGGAGCGAAAGCAAAGCUGCCUAAGUUACUGGGGUUGAAUUAUUAUUUUUCUUAGUUCAGGCUUCCUGUUUGUGUUUCUCUAACCAUGUACUGUACAUUGAAGUGGCUGAAUUGCUAACUGAAGCCUUAACAGGAGUGUGCAGGAGCAUCCAGAUUAAACACACAGGUCAUCCUUUCUUAGAGACAAAUCUGAGAAGAUGGCUUGAAUGCAGAGGCAAAGAGGUCAAUUUCUCCCUUCCUUUUCUCCCUUCCCUUCCCUGCAACUUGAAACAGUCUUAAGAAGUCACUUGCUAUUUGCAGGGUAUGUGGUUGAGGGGAUAUGAAGAGCUUGAGGAAACAUGGCAAAUGGGCUUUGGCUGGUGUUGGUCGUGUAAACUGAGGCUUGGAAAUGUAUUUCACUGGAUCUGAAUGGGUUUUUUUCACCUUCAGAGGAGACAAUCUGCAAUGCUUUACUUGGCAACAGUGGUUAAUAUGAGGCCUGAUGGCCCCCCUCCAAAAAAUCUCAAGAGGACCAUCAACCCACUGGGUUUAGAUUUGCUGUGCUCAAGUGAGCUCCAUGGUGUCCAGAAAGGUCUGGUCUGGUACAGAUGAUAAGAGUGGAAUCUUGGAUGCUGAUAGGGAAGUGAAUGGGGAACAUAUGGCUGGGUUUGUGACCCUCUUUGCUGCUUUUUUCCCUUGUCCCCCUCCUCUCCUCCAGCUUUGAUCCACAAGAUGACUGUCUGUGCACAAUAAUGGAGGUUCUUCGAGUACUUUGGGAUUAAUAUCCCAGGCUAUUUCCCUUUAUAAACAGUUGCUCUGUCUCCUGGGCUUCUCCCUCAUUCUUCUUAUGAGAAAGACGGCAUCCCACUCAGAAACAGAAUGAACUAUGCCUGUGCUUGUGUUAAGGGGCGCAACUUGCUUGGAAAAAGUAAUCCUUUCCUCAACCUUAAAAGUGCUUAUUGUAGGAAGAAAGCAGAGGUAACUUCAGGCCAACUAAAGUAACGUUGCAUUUUAACAAAAGGGGAAGGAAGCACAAGUGAGCUGUGCUUUCUCUUACGGCAUUUCCAAUGUAACAUAUGGGGGGUGAGGGUGAAGGAGAGAGUCUCCAGAGGGCAAAGCACCUUGGUUAUCUCGCCCUUGCAAGGUUCAGUGUGCAGGAAAUGUGGCUUGAGGCCAACAGAAGCGUUUUUCUUCUGUCCACUUUAUUGCGAUUCACAGAGCCAACCUAAGUCACUGGGUUGGCACAUUCACUAGUAGUAUACGCAAGGAUUCAGCACAUGGAAUUACCAGUUCCACAUUCCCAGGAAGACUUUGUGCAUGUUUUUUUUUUGACAGCAGCCCUCUGUGCUGUGCACACAGCAAAGUGGCCUUAAGUUGAGGGGAUCUGUCAAAACGCAGUUUAGGCUAAUGGCAUUGGUACGGGGGAGUCCAAAACACAGAAAGAGGGGGCAGGGAGCACAGGUCCUCAUUAGCUUCUGUGCAAUUAUAAUUUGCAAAUGUAUUAUCUUUUAAAUGCCAAAAAUGUUACUUCUAAGAUGGUCACAAAGAUAUCUGCUGUAAUUCAUUCUUCCAAAUAGCAAUUGAAAACAAUCAGUGGGCUGUGCUGUGGUUCAUGUUGUGUCAAGAGAGCUUUGUGUUAAGCAACCUUGGCAUUCUAUAGGAAAAGGUAGUCAAAUGACUACAGUAGGGCCCCGCUUUACAGCGAUUCGCUAAUGCAGGGGCUUUCAAUUAGGGGAAGUCCCCGCAUUAAAGCACUUGUUCCGCUUUUACGGCGUUUUUUUUCUGUCGCGCACCAUUUUGACGUCAUUUUUGUGUGACGCGCCCCAUUAUCAAUGGGUUCCACUUUACGGUGGCAGUCCAGAACGGAACGUGCCGUAUAAGCGGGGCCUGCCUGUAUCCUGUUUUGGAGGCCAGAAAACUUGUAAUCAGGCAGAAUCCGCCCCCCCUUUGCAAGUUAAAUAAUGUUUGAUAUUUGGAAAGGGCUGUGCUCAUUCUGAGGUCUACUCCCAAUUUUGUAAAGGCUUCUGUACAAGACCACUUACAGGUGCUUGCAUUUAAAGCAGUGCUCUGGGGAGCCUGUGGGACUCCAGAGACUACAACUCCCAUCAUACUUUACCAUUAGCCACGUUGGCUUGGGUUGAUGAGAGCUGGAAUCCAAAAAAAUCCAGAGGGCCACAGGUUCCCCACCGUAAAAGAUAAAACGGGAAAGAACCAAGCUUUUUUUAAAAAGUUGCUUUGCUUUUUUUUAGAACUAUUUUCUUCAAGCCUUUCAUUCUCUUCAUUCGGGUGCUAAAAGAAAUUAAAGUAUGAAAUAUGGUUGUAUUGUGCUUGUAGAGAAGACUUAACAGGAUGGGGCUUGUCACAGGCAGAGCGGCUUCUAAAGGUGGAAUCUUCCAAGUCUUACUGAAAACGUUUUAUAAAGCUAUCUUGUAAAUCAGAGUAUUAAAGAGUAUUUAUAGAUGAACUGCAGAAAACUGAGUUUUUCCAGAGUUAUCAGUGUCCAAAUUAAAAACAUGAAUUUAACAA